AUGGCUUCCUUCAUGGAAGAGCUGUGGUCCAGCGUCUUCACUCCGGGACCCACCCGGACGUUGUUGAUCGCAACCAACGCGACUUUCGCCGCCCUUCAGCUCGUCCUCUUCGUCCUCGGCCUAGCCACCUACAGCAUCCAUUUCGUUGUAUUGUCGGUGCUGUGCGCGGGGCUAUGGUAUUCCAUCAACUGGUUCGCGCACGAGGUGCGCCUCGCACAGGCAGCCCAGGAAGCCGAAAGGAAAAAGCAGGCCGAGACAGAGGCCGGGUCCGCCGACAGGAAGAAGGAUUCCGGCGCGGUGGACAGUGCCGACAGCGAGACAGAGACCGAAUCCUUUGCAGGGUCAAAGAAGGUUCCUACAUCGUCCGCUGUCGCGACGGGCAGUGAGACUGCCUCGGCCAGACUGCAACCCACCGAGCGCGAUACCAAGAAGCGGCCGAGUACGGGCGGCGAUAGUUCUGGAUACGGGAGCACUGAUAGCGAGUGGGAGAAGGUGGAGGAUAACAAGGCGUGA